UCUUGUGAUGCCAUGGAUACAGCUAAUCAACUGCAAUCUCUUCAUUCUCGUUAUCCUGAAUACACAAGGGACAGUACAAAGGCCACAGAACAUAGGAGUGCAUUCAACAAAUACAAUAUAAGGGGCCUAUCUCAAUGCCUGAAUUGGCCUAAAAGGUUUAAUCAUAAUUCUCAUGCUGCCAGCUACUUGGUAAACCAUCAUUUUACAUCUGAUCGAAAUACAGAUGCAAAGGAUUUCUCAAGUAAGCUUCUUAAAGGUAUUCCAGACUUUGUAAAGAUAGUGGAGGUUGGUCCAAGGGAUGGAUUGCAGAAUGAGAAGUCUAUCGUUCCAACUGAUGUAAAAGUUGAGUUGAUAAAGCUGCUGGUUUCUUCUGGGUUGUCUGUCAUCGAGGCAACAAGUUUUGUAUCACCAAAAUGGGUUCCACAGUUGGCAGAUGCAAAGGAUGUAUUGGAAGGCAUUCAAGAUGUGGAAGGUGUUAGCUUUCCUGUAUUAACUCCAAACCUCAAAGGCUUUGAGGCAGCUGUUGCUGCUGGGGCUAAGGAAGUGGCUGUUUUUCCUGCAGCUUCUGAAUCAUUCUCUAAAGCAAAUCUCAACUCUGGCAUUGAGGAUAAUCUUGCUCGUUGCCGAGACAUUGCUUCAGCUUCUCGAAGCUACUCAAUCCCCGUUCGUGGAUAUAUAUCAUGUGUUGUGGGAUGUCCUUUUGAAGGACAUGUUGCUCCAGCCAAAGUAGCAUAUGUGGCAAAGGCACUUAAUGAGAUGGGUUGCUCAGAGAUUUCACUAGGUGAUACGAUUGGUGUUGGUACACCUGGCACUGUCGUUCCAAUGCUGGAAGCUGUUCUUGAUGUUGUUCCAGUUGACAAGCUUGCUGUCCACUUUCAUGAUACUUAUGGUCAGGCGCUUUCAAAUACUCUAAUUUCACUUCAGAUGGGGAUCAGUGUAGUGGAUUCAUCUGUUUCCGGCCUUGGGGGUUGUCCGUAUGCAAAGGGUGCAACUGGAAAUGUUGCCACUGAGGAUGUUGUUUACAUGCUGGAUGGAAUUGGAGUGAAAACCAACGUGGACCUCGGAAAGCUCAUGCAGGCCGGAGAUUUCAUCUGCAAGCAUUUAGGACGCGCAUCGAAUUCAAGAGCCGCAACUGCGUUGAGUAAAGUUAAAGCUCAUGCUUCCAAACUUUGAAUAUGUUAAAGCUACACAAUGCAAUCCACAUGAUACAUAGGUUAAUGAAUUUAUCCACUGCAUAACUUCUGUUCAUGUGCUUUUAUGACCAUAGAGAAAGAGAGAGAGGAGAGUUGCAUCGCUUUGAUUAUUGAAGCAUCACAUGUUCAGCAUUUUGAAUUUGUAUGCUUUUCUUUUUUCUAUUAUUUUCAGUGCUACCCUAGUUAUCAUAGUUAAGACUUGUUCAUUACACCUUAGACUAGUCAAAGCUGCAAACAAUGUUCAAACAAGAGCCAUUAUCGUAUUUGCCAAGGCACCAUAGUCACCAUAGUCUUCUGCAACCAUAAUAGUCUUCUGCAUAAGAUAAGGCGUGAAAAUUGAUACAUAUAUGAUCAUGAGAUGAGAUAGCAUAUAAAUUACAGAUGGCCAUAUAUUUUGGAAAAAUCUUAGUUAAAAUCACAUGAAUGGCUACAUAUGCCAAAAGUUUUUGGUGCUUAAGUUCUAA